AUGGAAGUGGCUGUAACAGGAGCUCUGUUCCUUCUCUGGGUUCUCUUCAUCUUCAUUUUCUAUUCCUUAAAAAUGUACAAGGAGAAAAGCCAGCUACCUCCAGGCCCCACUCCCUGGUUCUUCCUGGGGAACCUGCUGCAGAAAGAUGUCAUGCCUCUGAACAAAAACUAUUCAAAGGUAAGGCCGUUUCUUGUUGCGGUUUCUCUCUGUUCCUUUGUCCCUGUGGCACGGCAUAAACAACCAUUGUCUGGAAUGAAGCAAUGUGUAGAAGGACAGAAGGUUAAUUGUUCCCUAGCUUGCUUAUAUACUUUUCCAUUCUUCCUUAUAAUAAAGGCAUGCUUUGAAGGGCCCCAGAUUUCUGCUUCCUUAUUUUUAUUUGUACUGUUUAUUACUUGAUUUUACUAGGUUUUGUUUACUGUUGGCAUGUGUCUAUUUUGCAUGCUCUUUAGAGCUUCCCUGAAUCAACUUAAGAUCCCUCCAGACAAUUGGUUUAUUCAGCAUUCAUUCUGAUUUGCUUCCACAAAGCUUAAACAGAAGUUACCAUAAAAAAUGUCAAAAAAUUGGGGGCAUCUUAUACACGUAUCCAUCUUCCCGCAUUUCCUUAAAUCGGAGUCCCAAAAAAUAAGGGGUGUCUUAUACAUGGGGGCGUCUUAUAGAUGGAAAAAUAUGAUAUAUUUAUAUCUAUCUCUAUAUCUCUAUAUCUCUAUAUAUCAAUCACACAUUUGUUCUGAUUUGCUUGCAGGGUGGUUCUAUGAUAAUGAGCAUUCAUUCAUUCUUCAUUCAUUCUGGUUAGCUUGCAGGUUGCUUAUAAUCAUUUAUUCACCCCAUGCUUUUCAAUACAUUUUCCGAUUACUUUCCAACAAGCAAAAGUCCAUUUUUUAAAGAAGUAGAUUUGUUGCACUAGGAUUAUGUUAACUGCAUAGUCCCAAGAUUUUGGUAUGUGCUUGAAUCCCUCUUGCAAUGAAAUAGCAAAAUUCAUUUAGAAAAAGCACAGCAGCAGCAGAUUAGAUUUUUACUUCAUUUCAUUUUUUUUAUUUAUUAAAUUUCUAUACUGCUCAUUAUUUGAGGAUCACAGGGUGGUUUCCAACAUGGAAUUUUGAAACCAUUAAGUUGCAAGCUAGCUGUAUUUGGCUGUAUGUGUAAACACAUCCAGUCAAAGGGUAGUGUAGGCACAUUGCCAAGCCCUGUCCCUUCCAGUGCAUGACACCUAUAAAAUGUGAAAAGCUCUCCACUACUCAUGCAGACUCUUACACAAUUUAAAACCCUGUUUGUGGUUGGCAGGUCACAUGGGAGUAAAUAAUUGUACUGUAAUCCAUAACAGUAUUGUACUGUAAUCCACAUAAUUGUUAGAAGAUCACUUACGGUAGUUGUAACCAAAUGUGAGGGAUGCGAGUGGUGCUGUGGUCUAAAACACUGAGCCUAGGGCUUGCCGAUUGGAAGGUUGGCGGUUUGAAUCCCUGCGACGGGGUGAGCUCCUGUUGUUCAGUCCCAGCUCCUGCCCACCUAGCAGUUUGAAAGCACACCAGUGCAAGUAGAUAAAUAGUUACCGCUUCAGCGGGAAGGUAAACGGCUUUUCCGUGCACUGCUCUGGUUUGCCAGAAGCGGCUUAGUGAUGCUGGCCACAUGACCCGGAAGCUGUCUGUGGACAAAUGCUGGCUCCCUCGGCCUAUAGUAAGAGAGGAGCACCGCAACCCCAGAGUCUUCCGCUACUGGACCUAAUGGUCAGGGGUACCUUUACCUUUAACCAAAUGUGAUAAAUAACAAGCUGAAGCAGAACCAGGCAGUAUGUCAAGAAGCAUGGCCCCGUGUUCAUUGAUUGGCCUGGACAUAAUUAUAUGGUUAUGCUUUAGACAUAUGAAGCAGUGGUUGAUCAUACUGAAAUGUGUGAUGGGACACCUAUUGCAGUGUCAUACCUGUUAAAGGGGCAGCUAAAUUUCUUUUCUUCACGUGCCUGUCUUGCAAAGUGGGGCUGAACAUAAGAUUUAUUUCACAAGAUUCUCUUUCUUUUAUGGAGGCAGUUCUAAAUGUGGUUUCGCCUCAUUCAGGAACAACAGCGUUCUAGCAGCCCAUUCUCCCAGGAGCCAUCCAGGUGUCCUUUUUAUUGCGCAUUCAUGAUUAUUUGUACUCAUGAUGACAUUGGAGGAGUUAUACGCAAUCCUGUUUCCAAUACUGUUUGCACUUCCAAGAGUUCUGAGGUGGAUCCACUGUUUUGUUCCAGUCAGUGCACGUCCCAUAGUUUCCUGUUCAAAUCAUGUAGCUUGUUAUAGCCCAAAUGUUCAAGUGUGUGUGGCUUUUGUUGCACUACAGUAUAUACAAUGUAUGGAUGUAAAUUUUAUGAAAUAAAUAAAUGUACCUGUCAGGGUCUGGACUGAGGAGGAAUGGUGGGGACCACCCCCCGAACCUUCCCGAGAUCAGGAGGACAGUAUAGAUUUAGAAGAGUGAUUUGCAGAAGGGCAUAGUUCAGAGACUGCAGAGGGAAAAUGAUGGGGAAUAUUGGGAGAGGAACAGCAGGAAGAAGAAACACUGGGGGAGAGACAGCUGACAGACUCAGCGUCUUUGGAAAGCAUUCCUGAGCCACCCUUUCCCAGAACUAGGCAUGCAUUGAGAGUAGUAGAACAGAAUGCUCAGAGGCAGAAAGCCCAGAUCAGCCGGCGCAGGGAUGACGUAGGAUAAGAAAGAUAGAGGGGGUUGGAAUUGACUUGGAGCAAUGCCAUUAUUUUUUUUAUUUUUUUAUAAAAUAGUUAUUAAGAUUUUACAAUAAACAUAGGUUUAAAGAGUUAAAAAAAAGAGUUUACAAUACACAUAGGUUUAAAGAGUUAAAAAAAUUAAACCGAAGAUUACACAAAAAUAGAAAAAGAAAAAAAAAUAACAAGAAAAAUACCUAAAAAAGAGAACCUAAAAGAGAAAAAGGAAAAUACAAAAUACAAAAAGCAGAUGGCUAAAAAAGAAAAAGAGUAAAAAAAGAAGAAAAAAAAGAAAAAAAUUUAAAUUUAAAAUCCAUUUUUCAAUAUCUUUAGGCUCAUUUACUUAUUUCCUUGACCUCCUCACACCUCCCCUUUUUGUAUUCCCGUUUACAAAAUCCUUUCAGCAAAUCCUUACCCUCUUUCAUUUAUCUUUACUCUGUAUCUUUACCUAUUAUAACUAUAUAUUUUCAUCCAUAUAACAAUCUAUAUUUGCAUAUUCUUAUUAACCUUAUUACCAAAACCACUUAUUUCCAUUCCAACAUCAUUUUAACAUUCAUUAAUUUUACAGUAUUUCUGCAAAUAGUCUUUAAAUUUCUUCCAAUCUUCUUCCACCGACUCUUCUCCCUGGUCUCGGAUUCUGCCAGUCAUUUCUGCCAAUUCCAUAUAGUCCAUCACCUUCAUCUGCUAUUCUUCCAAAGUGGGUAAAUCUUGUGUCUUCCAAUACUUUGCAAUGAGUAUUCUUGCUGCUGUAGUAGCAUACAUAAAAAAGUUCUGUCCUUCUUUGGCACCAAUUGGUCGACAAUGCCCAGAAGAAAGGCCUCUGGUUUCUUCAAGAAGGUAUAUUUAAAUACCUUUUUCAGUUCAUUAUAUAUCAUUUCCCAGAAAGCCUUAAUCCUUGGGCACGUCCACCAAAGGUGAAAGAAUGUACCUUCAGUUUCUUUACAUUUCCAACAUCUAUUAUCGGGCAAAUGAUAGAUUUUUGCAAGCUUGACUGGGGUCAUGUACCACCUGUAUAUCAUUUUCAUAAUAUUCUCUCUUAAAGCAUUACAUGCCGUAAAUUUUAUACCUGUGGUCCGCAACUGUUCCCAGUCAGCAAACAUAAUGUUAUGUCCAAUGUCCUGUGCCCAUUUAAUCAUAGCAGAUUUAACUGUUUCGUCCUGAGUGUUCCAUUUUAACAGCAAGUUAUACAUUCUUGAAAGUAUCUUUGUUUUAGGAUCUAACAGUUCUGUUUCCAACUUUGAUUUUUCCACCUGGAAGCCAUUUUUUUUAUCUAAAUUAUAAGCCUCUCCUAUUUGAUAAUAAUGAAGCCAGUCUCGCACUUUAUCUUUUAGUUUCUCAAAACUCUGCAAUUUCAAUUUGUCUCCUACGCAAUGCCAUUAUUUAAUAGGCACUACAUUCCUUUCUCUCUCUGUGUGAAUACUGAAUAAAUUAUGUGGUAAGGACUCUUCUUGUUAUCUGCUUUUUUGGCUGCCACUGGGGGAGGGAUAGGAUUCCCUGAACCUUGACAGUAUCCCUCCAGAUGGCAAUAAUGUAAUAACACUCAGGAAGUAUUGGGGAACAACUAAUAAAGCUGAAUUCUGCCACUAAUGUGCAUUUACUGCAUCAGCAACAUGUUGCAGCAUAUGCCUGCAAAACCCCGCACAAAACAAGCUGCAGGUGCCCUAAGAGAUAUAGCAACCGUUCCUUAAGAUAAUUACUCCAAAAGAAGUUUCAUUGCCUAAUUAAAUAACACUUUCUUUGUGCCUUCAGCUGAUUGAGAAAUAUGGCCCUAUGUUCACAGUCUGGAUGGGACCCAAACCUAUGGUCGUGCUUUGUGGAUUUGAUGUGGUAAAAGAUGCUCUGGUGGAUCAUGCUGAAGCGUUUGGUGGGCGUAUUAACAGCCCCAUCAUAGAUCGAGUGACCAAAGGCCAUGGUAGGCUAUUUCUUCUUAUUCUUUAUGUAUAGUUUAGCUCUACUUUGAUUUGUAAUUCAGUCCCUCAAAAUGUGCAUGAUAAUUAGCAUCAUGUCUAGGAAAGAAAGAAAAGAAAGAAAGACAAACACUAUCUAGCAAGGCAUUAUUUUUUUGCUGUGGCUUGCUUCUCCAAAGAACCAUUUUUGAAAAUCAAUUCCCCCCAAAGAUCCAGGGAAGCUCUCCCCUACGCAAUCACUUUAAAAAAUAAACACACACCACCCAUUUCUUGAGUCUGCAAAGUGAAAAUAGCAACCGUAUUCGUUGUUACCUCUCUCCUGUGCCAAUAGCAUGUCAUUCUGAACAUGGGUGACAUGAUUUCACCUUCCCACCCCAACUGCAGCCAACAGUGUGGGCUACAGGCAGGCAAGGGGGUGAUGCCAUGCCUCUUACCAUCCAUUAUUUACUUUGUUAUGUAGCACUGGACAUAUUUAUUCAGCCAAAGAAACAAAAAUCCCUUACACAACAAAGGACUGGGCUCUUGGGGGCAACAAUUAGUUGCCGGAUUGUAACUACAAAUGGGGAUAUAAUUUUAAGGUGGAAAGCACCAGAACUACCUUUUCAUGUAGAAACUUCCUGCUGGUUCCUGUUAGGUCAAGAACUGACAAAAUGACCUUCACCUCUUUUCCCCCCCAGGGAUAGUCAACUCUAGUGACAUAGAAUGGAGAGAGCUGCGCAGAUUCACGGUUAUGACACUGAGAGACUUUGGAAUGGGGAAGAGAUCAAUGUCUGAGAGGGUGCAGGAGGAAGCUGUUUGCCUGGUGGAGGCACUGGCGGCUACAAAAGGUAAUCUAGCUCAUUAAAAAAUAAAACUGAGAAAGCACUAUCCCAGGGCAAGGAGAUGAUAUUUAUUAAAUUGAAUAUAGGAAUGGGCACUUAUAAUAUGUAAGCUUCUGACAUAGUUAGAAUACGUGGCUGUCGGGCUCAGUGGCAGCAGGGAGGCAAGCUUUUCCCAUUUGUCCUUUCAACUCUCUCCACGCUCAUGUGAACCCCAACUCAUGUGUUGUACUUCCACCGUAAUAUUUUCACUAAUCCAGUAAUGCGAGAGAGUCUACCUACACUUCUUAGGUGUGCACACUGAAGAUCAUACUGUGUGCAAAUUGUUUCAGUGAAAGUUGUUGGGCUUAUUUUUAUUUAGUGCCAACAUGGCCUUGUGCGCCACCUGAAACUCUGCUGCAGGCAAUGCUAGCAGAAUAAGCAUCAGAUAAGUUAAUUAAGUGGAAUGUUACAGCAAAGAAAUGAAGGGGGGGUUGAUUAUUUGGACUGUGGAUGGGGUAGGUGGUGGUGGUGGGGAGAGAAGGAAACCCAGUGCCUCUUUUUUCUGCCUCUCACCUCCCAAAAAUUAUGUUUAAUUGCAGUUUAAAAAUAAAAAAUAGCACAGCCCCCCGAAUUGAUUUAGGACUGGAUACAAUUUGAGUGUUGCCCAGGUUGCCCUGAAUAUUGGGUCAGAGCCAAUUUGUGGACCCAGAUUCAGGCCUCACAUCAGGUUGGUGUCAGGGGUACAGCUGUGCACUUUACUACUACUUUUAAUUUCUUAAACAUUUGGUUCUUGGGACUGAUGGAAAUGCAAUCUACCAGGCUCAAGCUGUUUAAACAGUUUUUAGAGUUAAUUUUGUGUUGGGGUCUGAAGAUGGUGGGCUCCACUUUCAUCAGGCCUUGCUGACUGUCUUCGGUUCCUCCUACAGGACAGGGCUUUGAUCCGACAACUAGAAUCACAUCCGCUGUUUCCAAUGUGAUCUCGUCAGUCAUCUUUGGGACUCGCUUUGACUACGCAGACAAGACCUUCCUAAAGCACCAACGCAUUAUAGAGAAUGAAGUUGGCCUUUUUCGUACUAUCUUGGGACUGGUAGGUUGUUCCUUCUGAGUUGCAAACAUUUUCCUCACUAUCAGGAAAAGGAAAAACAAAACCUAGCUUGUUGGAGUAUGAACGAUGGCAUGAAGGGUUCACAAAUGUGUGCCUGACUAACUAUCAGAUGAAAAUAAUGUUCUGAAAAUGUCUUCAACAGGGUUGAGAUGGAAAUUGACACAAUCACAAAGUUCCAGUGUUUUCAGGGGAGAACCUGGACCACUGAGCAGGGCAGGCAGCAGAAAAGUUGGAAGACUUACCUGGGCUGUUCACCAAUAGCAGCAGAUCUCCCUUUCCUUUCCUGACCCCACCCCUUUUUUUGCCAUUGCUCCCCCCCUCCCAUUUGCCUGGCCACCAUUUCCCUCUGGAUGCAGUAUAACUGUAAACAUUGCAAGGGCACAUUUGUACAUCUAUAGAGGCAUAGGGUCCCCUCUGCCACUCUUAGCACCUGAGGAAGUCUGCAGGAAAGGAAAAAAUAUUUUUUUUAGGUAGUUGGAGCCUGAGUCAUUUAGGGCUUUAAAAACUAAUAUUAACACAUUGAAUUGGGCCCAGAAACAAAUUGGCAAUGUGUGCAGCUUUUUUAAAACAGAGGUUAUGUGAAACUUAAACAGAACCCGAACCAGUAACCUGGAUUUUGGACCAGUUGACAUUUCUGAAUCAUCUUCAAGGGAAGCCCCAUCAUCCCCAUCAUCAUGAGGUAAAAUGAACCAGAAGCUCAACAGUUCCUGCUGGAUUUCCAAAAUAAGUGAUUAAAAACAACAACUGCUUUAUCACUUUUCAGCCAGAAACUUUGUGGCAUAGUAUAAAAAGAUGGAUUUGCAAUAUUUAAGGCUGUAUGUGUCAUCUUCAUUUCAGCUGUACUCUGCUGUCCCUAAAAUAUUGGACUACUUCCCUGGAAGACACCAAAAGAUUUUUUCUGAUUGUGAUGAGUUGUGUGCUUUCUUCCAUGAGAAUGUGAAAGUACACAAGCAGACGCUGGAUCCUCAGAACAUCCGUGACUAUAUUGAUUGUUUCCUUAUCAAGUCUGAGAAGGUAUGUGGGUCAAAAAUUUUAUUUGCACAGGCAUGGGUGCCCAGUUAUGUCCUAGUCCAUGUGGGGAAGGGAUACCAGGCCAACCAGAGUGCCCCUCUGUCUUUGCCUCCUCCCCUAGCAACUUCUCUCGGCCACUCCUUGCAAGACAUUAUUACCGUAAUUAUUAUCAUUAUUCAUUAGGCUGAGGUAUCCUGUGCCCAGUUUUAAAGUCUAUGCUUAAUGUUGUACUAAACAAUGCAAGUGCUUAUGAUAAAAAUAAAAUUGGUUCACUCAGUUUACAGCCUAUAUGAGUACCAUGGACAGCUACUUGACCUUGACAGAUUAGAGAACUGGGCAAAAACAAACAAGAUGAAUUUUAACAGGGAGACAUGGAAAGUAUUGCACUUGGGCAAAAAAAAAUGAGAGGCAUAAAUACAAGAUGGGUGACACCUGGCUUGAGAGCAAUACAUGUGAAAAGGAUCUAGGAGUCUUGGUUGACCACAAACUUGACAUGUAAUGCAAUGAUAUGCAAGUACUUUUCUUUAUAUUUCAAAAGUAAUUCUAUUUUAAAUACAUGUGAUUGGAUUAAACACCUCUUGGGGUGAGUGCAGGAUUUCACCCAUGAUGCUCAUUCAAACAGGCUAAGGUGUCUCCAUUUUGCCAUCUUUCUUUAUAGUGAAAUUUUCUCUCCCCCCCCCUUUCCCUCUGCCUCAUAGGAACAAAAGUCUGCUAGUGACACCUUCAGAACUGAAAACCUUGUCAUGACAGUGUUUGGACUUUUUUUGGCUGGGACAGGAACCACAAGCUUUGCCUUGAUCUCCGGCCUCAUGGUGAUGGCUAAGCUGCCACAUAUUCAAGGUAUUCAGAUACCCCAGAGAAGUUUAAAGCGGAAGGGUUUUGAGGGCUCCCUGGUGUCUUCAAAUGGCACUUAUGUCCAGGGGUAGAAACAUAGCCAGAAGAGGAGGGACCUCAGAAUGCUGGAAGCACAUUUUCCAAAUGAAAUUUGUUACAGGAAAAGUCCAGCAGGAGAUCAACAAGGUGGUAAGGCACAGAGGAAUGAGUGGAAAUCACUCAAGAGGAGAAUUUGUGUUGGCAUGAGUUUUCAUGAUGUCGGAGAGUGCCCGAGUUUUUCACUCUGUCAGAUGAGAAGCAGAAUCUGAAUCCAGGAAAUAAAUCUCUUGAGUCUUUUUCAUUACAGCAAAAGUCCAACAGGAAAUUGAUGAGGUGACGAGUGCCACCCGUGCCCCUAGCAUGGAAGAUCGUGUGAGGAUGCCUUUCACCAAUGCAGUUAUCCAUGAGAUUCUACGAUACCCACAAUCAAUUAAUGAGACCAUUCCCCGUACAACGUCUUGUGAUACCAAAUUCAGGGGGUUCACCUUCCCUAAGGUAUGAUGGCCCAGCAUUUUGCCAUGAUAAUUGUGGAGAAGAAAUGGAGCAGUUCUAGGAACUGAUUGUAUAAAUGGCCCUGGACUGGCCUCAUGGAGGCAGGGAUGAGAUCAGUAGUGGAGAUCAGUAGUGAUUUUGUUGGCCUAAGCAAAUGAGCUGAAGGAACUAGUGAUAGAGGAGAAUUUUGUUUGUUCGAUUCACAUUUUUAAAUGAACCAACGGAAGUAGUAUUUCACAGAACUAUGCAUACAAAAUGUAUCUUUUAUGGGGAAAAUGUGUACUAAAAUCAAUGGUUUAGUGGGAAAAUGCACACAGAAGCACAGAAGAAAGCACACAAAAAUAUAUUUUAGAUUGAGAAUGGGUACAUAAAUGUGUAUUUUAGGGGAAAGUGCAUACAAAAAGAUGUAGAAUAUAAAUGCUAGUGUUUGGUGAGGUUUUAAAACAGAAAUUGUCUGAUGGGAUGGAGCAGAAUUAUGACUGAAAGCUGGUGGAACUGUCACAGAACAGAACUAUAAUGAUCCAUCUGCCCCCGAAAGGAGCUGAUAGAUGCAGCAAGCUAUUUAUGCUCCAGUUUCAUAAUUUCUUAAAAAGGAAUUCUACUGGUCAUAUUGAUUGGAAUGGAAUGUAAGGCAGUGUGUACUUAUGGACUAAUACAGGAGUGUAACAGAAUAAAUCUGCUCAUCCCUAGUGGAAUCCCAUUCUUCUAAGUUAGCAUCCCCAUUUUAUCAUUUUAUCAUAGUAUGGCUAUUUCCUAGAUAGUCAUGAAUUGAGCACUUCCGGAGGUGGCGCCAACGGUAAUGGCGGAUUCCCUCUAAUGCGGAGGGAAUCUGCUCCACAGAAAUUGGGUCUGACACUGCUUCGGCGCAGCGGGGACCCCUCAAACCACAGGCGGGUGAAGCCUGUGACCCUGGGACUCGGUGGGCACUGUUUGCGCCCCCCCAAUCUGCAAAGGAACCCGGCAACGGGCUCCGGAACAGAGCGGGGAAGUGGCGCUGUGCUGUGAGUCGUCUGCUUCUUUUGUGGAGUGAAGCCGCGUAGCUGGUGCCGGAGAGGGCAGCCGUUUUUCCUGGACAAUUCGGAAUUUAAAAACAAACACCCGUGAGUACUUAGAAUUUGAACAAAUGGGACAGUAAAUGAAGAUUUGUGAAAAGGACAGAAUUGGACUAUAAAAAAAAGGAAAAAAAUCUAUUGAAUUCGGUACGGAGCGGGAAGGGCUAAACAGGAAGUCACCCUUCCGUUCUUUUGUAAAUAGAGCAAAGCAAAGGCAAUUUACACUGGAGCUUAGAAAAUCGCUUUUAAAAGAGUGGAUUCCAACAUUCUAAAUUGGGAAUAUUUUUUUUUUGGACUACUUGAAGUAGUAAAAGGAAGUUAUUCUCGUCCCGAUCCUGGAGCGGGGAUGUCAGGACUGACGUGAAUUUAUUAAGAUAAUUGUGUGUGACAGACAGCUAAAAGAAGAGAAUCUCUGUGACUUUACGGUCCCCUUUCGCAAUUUUAAAGGAAUAUAUAUGGACAAAGUAUCUUAAGUAUUUUGGAGGGAAAAAAAGGGGGGGGGAACUGUGUAGCAAAAACAAAUAUAAGUCUUCCCCCCUAGGGGGAGCUUUUGAAAUUGUAACUAACCCCAAGGACUUGACAGCUGUUACAAAAUAACCGUGGGAAAGUGUGACAAUGUUUUCAGAAGUCCUGGUGUGCCUGUUUAACAAAACAAAUGCUCUACUGGAAGAAUUACAUGAUAAGGUGAACCGGAUGGCCACUUCGACCAGAAAUCUUGAACAGGCAGUGGAAUGUUUUGACCAGACUGUGGGAAUAUAUGUGGAGCCUAUCCAGGACUUAAACCAGGAGUGUGUUUUGACAGAACAGGGGUUUGUGGCAUUAAAUCAGGAGUGUGUUUUGACAGAACAGACCCAACAGGAGUUUGAUCCUUUGGAUUGGACAAAGGAACUGGGAAAAAACCAGAUUUGGGAAGGGAACGUUCGGGGUGGUUUGGAAAUGGGGGCUGGAUUGACCCCUACGUCGGGAUAUCUGGACUUUUAAGUACGGUAAUAGGCUGCGAUAUGUUUGGGAUUGUGGGGCCCACAAUUUUGGAGGGCCCUUGAAACAUGCUUUUAAAUACUACAUGGAAUGCAGCGAUGAAUACGGAAAAGGGUCUGAUCUGACGAGAAGGGCUAAAAACACUACUAAGUCGGAGUUACUACGAGCAAGAGACUACAGCUACAAGUAUGAAGAAGAGUCGCGGAAGGGCCAUGGAAGUGACCUGAGGGCCUUGGACAUAAGGUCACCGGGUUAGAUUGAGGAAUAAGGACUGACAAAUCCCGGAACCAGGAGGAAGGGAUGUUGGAUAAAGAUUGGACUUGUUUAUAUGCUUCUUUUUCUUUUUUAAUAAUAGAGUGUUUUACAAAGUUGAUGAAUGAUAGAAAAAUGUUGGAAAAAAUUACCUGGCUUUAGUAAAGAUGCAUAAAGAAUAAUGAAAGAACAUUAUGAACACAAGAAGUUGGUAAAGUUAAGACUUAAAUUUUAAACUUUAAGGUUUAUUUUAUUAUAGAAAGAUAGGAUUAAAUUAGUUGAGAAUUCUUUUUUCUUUUUUCUUUUUUUUGAAACAUGGGGAAAGGAUUUGCUGGGAUAAUUAAUAACUAGAAUACAAAGGAAGGGAGGAGGAGGAGGUCUAAGAAAGAAGGUAAUGACAGUUAAGGAUCUGAAAAUAAUGAACUUGUUUUGUCUUUUUUAUUUUUCUUCUGUAUCUUCUACUUUUUCAUAUUUUUAUUUUUAAUUUUUGUAUUUUUAUUCUUACUUUUUGUUUUUGUUCUAUUUUUGUGUAAGCUUUGUAUUUUUUUUGAAAUUUUAAUAAAUAUCAUUUAAAAAAAAUAAUAAUGAAUUGAGACCAAAAAUGUAAAUCUGCCGUCUUCUAUCCCUGAAGGGCACAGCUGUUGCUCCAAUGUUCACAACUGUGCACCGUGACCCUCUCCAGUGGGAGACUCCAGAACAGUUCAAUCCUGGACAUUUCUUGGAUGAGAAAGGCCAGUUCAAGAAGAAAGAUGCCUUAAUAGCCUUUUCGGCAGGUAACUAUAUGAGCCUGUGGUAACUUAUGUGCAAACAAUGCCAUUUCCACUUUCUUUCAAAAGACAGUGUAUGGAAGAGAAAUGUCUGCCCCUACAUAGGACCAGCCAUUUAUUUUUCUGUACAAUAUCUCUGGAAAGGAAGUGAAACAACAUCAUUUCACUUGACAGUGGCAUUGUUUUGAUCCGUCAACAGACCCCAUGUUUUGAAAUUUUCCUGAAGGAUUACAUGGGACCCUGUUGUAAGCUGGAUGGCAUGCACCACUUUUUAAAAGCAGGCCGUGCCCUCUGUCCAUCUUCUAGUAGCUUCUCACAAAGAAGCUUCUCACAAAGGCACUGUGAUUUGAAGUAAAAUGAGAGACCUAUAAAUCAUUCCCUGAUUGGACAUGCCAGUCUUGUAAUUAUAUUUCCCUCCCUGGUAUUUUCUGUGAGUAGGGGAUGACACAAAAAACAUAUGAUAUUGGUUGAAAAAAUCAAAGUACAUCUGGGUCAGGAGUCACUGUGCAUGCAGUGUGGAGCUAGAAAAGGGUAAAUAAACUGGAAUGUUUGGAAAACAUGAAGUUGAAUUCCUCCCAUUCUGUGGUUGGAGUACUGCAUCAGAAAAUUUGUACAAGUGAAAAUUUUGAAGAUUGGUUGUGUUUCCGUUCUCAUAUGGUUUCAGAAAGGGUGCAUUUGAUAGACUGAGCUUUAAAUGUGAACUGAAUCUCAUGUCUCCCCAUGCCUACUUCAGGCCAAUCAUAAUUUUAUUAGUCUUAGUCUUAGUCUUAGUCUUGAUUUAGUCUUGAUUUUAGUAUUCCUCACCUUUUCCCAUAAUGUGACUCAAUAUACUAUACUCUAGCUGCAGUAGAUUUUUGGGGGUGCAUUAGUAUUUCCAGUCCCCCAAACCAACAUUGCAUGAAUUCACUAGGGGUGGAUCUGCACACAGGACAUAUAAAGCUAUAAAUAAGUCAGAAAUUAAAUUGUUAUAUGAUUUAAUUGCAUAGAAAAGGAUUUUUGCUCUCCACCACCAUCUGGUAUUGCAUGUUUAUAACACAUUCAAAACGUUAUUUUUUUGACUAAUGGAGCUGAGUCCUAGGUUUCCUGUGCACUGUGUAGAUUUUUGGGUUACUGGUUAGCUGUGCCUUCUUUUCUUUGUCAGGGAAGCGGGCAUGCGUUGGGGAAGCCUUGGCGCGAAUGGAGCUCUUCCUGUUCUUCAGUACUCUGCUCCAGAACUUCACCUUCCAGCUGGUUGGAGCUGCAAAAGAUAUGGAUUUAGCCUCUUUGUUUACGGAGUUCAGAGCUAAAAAUGUCUCUCCUCUAAUGAAAGCCAUCAGACGUUCAAUGUGA